AUGGCAUCUGGCCAAGAGAAGGAUAUGGCAAGGGAGGAAGGGCCCACUGCACCUAAUGAGGUGGUGAACAAUGCUGCUAAGAUUGACCUCAAUCAAGAUGAGGCAAUGGCUGACAUUGAGUUGGAUGAUAUUGAGGACUUGGACUUGGACCUUGGAGAUGAGCAUACCAUGGUGAAGCUGAGAACCAUGGUGAAUCUGAGAACCAUGGUGAAGCUGAGAACCAUGUUUAACCAUAACAAGACGGAGGUGCAGCCUUGGCUCGACCUGGUGGAUUCCACCAUGAUCCUUGCGAAUGUGCGCCCCGAGGCUCGCAUCACUGCAGCUACUCGUGCGUUGGACGAGGUGGCCCGCAGGGCAAUGUAUGGCGCUAAGAAGCAGGCACAGGGACCGUUUGAAUGGCCGGAGUUCUGCACCGCGCUGAAAGAGGCAUUCAUGGUCAAGAAGUCCGACCUGGAAUUACGCGGACACCUUGAAAGUAUCAAGUGUCGUGACCGUUCAGUGCAGAAAUAUGCGGUCGAGUUGGAGGCCGCAGCACGCUUGCUCCAAAAGCCCUUGGCUGAGGAGGAGAUGAUGCACAUCUUCAUGAAGGGCCUCCCUGUCAACCUGCAGGAGGCACACAUGACCGGUGGCAUGACCAAUUGGACGAAUUACAAGGAGAUGAAGGAGCAGGUGAUCAAAACCGACAACAUCAUUCGCACGUACAUUUUUGGCCCCGAAAAGACAGACCAGCAGCCCCGUGCUGAAGGCUCUGGUGAUCAUGGGAACCGGCCCCAGAAUGCGAAGGGUGGAAGCGGUUGGAACAAAAGGCCUUUCCAGCAGCAUGAUCACCAGCCUGGUCCACAGGCCAAGAGGCCUAACGGAGGGGGAGGUCAUGGUCCUAACAAGCCGGAUUUCUCUGACAAGCGGUGCAGAGGCUGUGGAAGGAUGGGGCACAUCGCAUCCCAGUGCCGUAACAAGAACCCAAUCAAGUAUUCUGGGAAACCUAAGCAAGACGGCGCUGGAUCUUCUGGAAAGAAGGAUUUUCAGAAGCCCAACUAG